GCACUUUUUCCGUGGACGGUUGGGGAAAAUCCAUGAAAAGGAUCGCCAUAACAACGAAAAUCGGGACGACAGCAACACAGAAUUCUCUUGACGAUCGAAUUAUUUGACUUUAUUUAGAAUUUCAACUGAAUUUUGAGAUUUUCAAGGAUUGAAUACUUGACAAAAAAUGUCUGGCAUUUUCAAUCUCUUUGGUGCAACAACUGUAACACCCAGGACUUCACAAAGAGCUGGAUCUACUGAUGCACAGGGAAGAUUCUCGGUGAAGGCAAAUGCCCUAAGAUCAGGAUCUGGCCCCCUAAAGCAGGGGAAUACCUCAAAGCCAAGGGGUCUCUCCAUUCGAUCCAACAAUGACUUGAAUGUUUGCACUCCAUCACAGAAAACUUCGACAUUGGCCAAGGGCAAGAUUAAUACUUUUGACUGUGCUAGUCGACCAUUAACACCUCGCCGGAAACAGACAGCGUCAAAGCUCCAAAUUGUACGUGAAAAACAGCUAAAAAGUAUCUCCCCACCGUGUAAAUCCCCCUACUUCAAUUUAACAAUUAAACAGAAAGGUACUGACGAUCUUCUCUUCAAGAAACCAGUGACACCAAAGAGUAACCAGAGGCCCAGAUUCAUUUACCCAGAGCCAGAGAGCAUUCCUAUAUUCAUUGAUGACAAUAUCCACUUGUAUGACCUGAACGAAGACCUUGAACUAGUGAAAAAAAUGCGUAAAACUAAGGAACCAUUCAUCGAUGAAGGCUUUGAAUCGGACUCUGAACUGGCACCAACACCUCCAAAAUCACCAGUGCCCAUAGAAUUUCGUCAUUUCAAUUUUUCAAUUGCUGAUGCGGAUUUAGAUGCACCAGACAUUCCCAUAUGCUCCGACAGUGACAACGAUGACUAGGUUUAACAACGAAAUUGUCAUUCAUAAGUCUAUCAUCAUUAUUAACUCCAUUCAAUUUUUUAAAUUAUUUUAUCAAUGAAUUUAAUGUUGUCAUCUCACAAUUAUUUCACUCAAAACAUUUCUCCUGAAUUAAUUCACUGAUUCUCGGGAAAAAGUAAGAGGUAAUUGUAAUUGAAAAGUAAUUUGGUUCAGAAUUAAUCGAAGACAAAGAAAAUUAAUAUUGAACUACGAACAGUUGUUUCGAUUUGAAAAAUUCGAGACGACUACCGAAUCAUACAAUCAGGACAUGGUUUCAUGAUUGAGCGAAACAAACUAAUUAGCAUUUAUGACAACUCUCUGAGAGAAUCUUAUUAAAACGAGUAGGGACUAGUGGAUUAACGAGAGUAAUUUAAUAUUAUGUUUUCCCCUCUGGUCAGUAUUUCAUAAUAUAUUCACAUAAAAUAUUA